AACAUUAACAAACGUAUUGUUUAAUUUCUUUAUCUUAGUGAAUCUGUAGGUUGAUUGAAGAGCUAGCAGUUAGCAAAUAUGGCGUCGACGCAGGAGAAGCUGGAGAGAGCUGAGGUGGAGGCGGGACAAGCGGCGACUGAUCUUAGGGAAGCUAAGAGAGAGGAGGAGUAUGGAGGGAAGGCCAAAAUGGUGACGGACCAGCAGCAGCAACAACAAGAGGAAAGCCCAGGCGUUAUUGGGUCCGUGUUGAAGGCAGUUGCUGGUACUUACGAGCAUGCCAAAGAGGCUGUCGUGGGCAAGGGGCAAGAGGCUACCGAGAAGACGAAGGAAGGUACUUAUACAGCAGCGGAGAAGGCUGGAGAGGCUAAAGAUUCGGCCGGAGAGAAGGCGGCGGAGACGGCGGUUGCUGCUGAAAGAAAGAUUGAAGAAGGGAAAGAAUCGAUGGAAGGGAAGGCGGCGGAGACUAAGGAGUCGGCGAAGGGAAAGAUGGGAGAGUAUGCAGAUAAGGCGAAAGAGACGAAGGAUUAUGCAGCUCAGAAAGCGAAAGAGACUAAAGAAUCUGUAGAGGGGAAGGCAGGAGAGUAUAAGGACUACACUGCAGAGAAGGCAAAGGAAACGAAGGAUAACACUGCUGAAAAAGCUAAGGAGGCAGGAGAGAAGACAUCAGAGAAGGCGAAGGAAGCAAAGGAUUAUAGUGCUGAGAAAGCUGAGGAAGGAAAGGACACUGCUAGUAGUAAGCUCAAUGAGCUUACUGAAUCUGCAAAAGGUGCUGCAAGAAAAGCUAUGGACCUCUUCUCUAGCAAGAAAGAAGCAGCUAAAGAGAAAACUGCCGAGACAAAUGAGGCAACCAAGGAGAAACUGAGCGAAGCUGAGGAGGAAACUAGGCGGAAAAUGGAGGAGUUGAAGAUGGAAGGUAAGGAAUACAAGGACAUUGAAGCUGAAAGGGGAACCGCAGCGAAAGACAACAUCUUUGGAAAGAUGGGGCUCGAAAGCAUUAAACAAUCCAUUAAAGGCAAGCUGACACAGCCACAGGACGAGGGAAGAGGGAAGGAAAAGGAUGCAUACAAGAUGCAAGAGGAGGUGGUGGUUCUUGAAGAGACGUCGCCAGGAACUGUGGUGUCUACUAUAAAAGCAGCAGAUCAGAUGACUGGACAAACUUUCAACGACGUUGAACGCCUAGGCGGGGGCGUUGUUCACUUGAAGCGCACCGAUCGUCGAGGUAGUCCGUGAUUACGUCCACACUGUUUAGAUGUGUUGUGCUCUUUUCUUUUGUGUUUAACUAGUUUUGCGGGCCUUUUUCCCCUUUUUCUGGUUGGUGUGUGAAUAAUUAAGUCCACAGACAAAGCUUUUUGGGCUUUUGUGCUUUUAGGAUAUCUGGAUGUGAAUUCAGAUGUAAGGAUGGAUAGAUCAACAAAACAUAUCAAAAUCUAAUGCGGUUUUGCCCUAUAUUACCCGAAAAAUAACCUUACAAGUUUUUGUUGCCCCAAUACUGCAAUCUUUGGCGAAAUCCGGCGAGAAGCGAAUUUAAAUAAUAGUAAGUUUUACAUUAAUCACAUUUUAUUAUUACUAAAUGUCUGUCGGAAAAUUUCCGUUUCUUAAUGUUAUUUUGC